CUUGGGAUCACAAGGCCCCUCACAUACCCUGUGAGGCAAAAUGGGAAAUGCAUGGCGAAGAUGAUUCUCUCCGUCUGGCUUCUCUCUGCCUCCAUCACUUUACCUCCACUCUUUGGAUGGGCUCAGAAUGUAAAUGAUGAUAAGGUGUGCUUGAUCAGCCAGGACUUUGGCUACACGAUUUACUCUACCGCAGUAGCAUUUUAUAUUCCCAUGUCCGUCAUGCUUUUCAUGUACUACCAGAUUUACAAGGCUGCCAGGAAGAGCGCUGCUAAACACAAGUUCCCUGGCUUCCCUCGAGUGGAGCCAGACAGCGUCAUCGCCCUGAAUGGCAUAGUGAAGCUCCAGAAGGAGGUGGAAGAGUGUGCAAACCUUUCGAGACUCCUCAAGCAUGAAAGGAAAAACAUCUCCAUCUUUAAGCGGGAACAGAAAGCAGCCACAACCCUGGGGAUCAUCGUCGGGGCCUUUACCGUGUGCUGGCUGCCCUUUUUCCUCCUCUCGACAGCCAGACCCUUCAUCUGUGGCACUGCCUGCAGCUGCAUCCCACUGUGGGUGGAGAGGACAUUUCUGUGGCUAGGCUAUGCAAACUCUCUCAUUAACCCUUUUAUAUAUGCCUUCUUCAACCGGGACCUGAGGACCACCUAUCGCAGCCUGCUCCAGUGCCAGUACCGGAAUAUCAACCGGAAGCUCUCGGCUGCAGGCAUGCAUGAAGCCCUGAAGCUUGCCGAGAGGCCAGAGAGACCCGAGAUUGUGCUACAAACCACUGACUACUGUAGAAAAAAAGGUCAUGAUUCAUGAUCGAAAGCUGAACAAUGGAGAUGAAAUAAGGCAAAACAGAGUUGGAAACAGAAGGAAGUCAUUUGCUGAGACUGCAGAAUGGAAUGCGGCUUCUGUCCUUUUUUGCGAUGGCUAAAACGUAACAAACAGGGUGAUCUGUUGUACACACUAUCUUACAAGGGAGAUGGUGACCUCUCCUUUUUUCUGUGGAUCAGUGCUAUUGUGUGUUCUCAGUUUAAGAUAGCAGAUCAUCUCAGCAGUAAGCACAUCGACAGAACUGAGUUCCAGAAAGGAAGCAGUUUCUGGUGCUUUGCAUAUGUCCAAAUCCAUGCAAGUGGGAGAAUGUUCCAAUGCACACUUCUCAUGCUUCUGAGUCUAGGCGUUGUGGUGAAUAUGCAGGAAUCAUUCAUGAGACAGAAUGUAUUUUGUUGUAUGACAGAAGGGUUUUCCAAGCAAACUGCGGUGAGCGUUGAAUAUGUUGCAUGUCCAUGUUAGAAAACAGAAUCCAGUCAUCAGCUAAUACAAAUGAUUUCCCAGAGCAGUGUUUGUUUCAAGCUUCUGUCAAAUAGUUUGGCUUUUCCGCGGGGUCUCUGCGAUUUCCCCACCAAUGUACUUUUCUUGUUAACUCACUUAUUAUGGUAUAACUCAGGAACAAGAUGGAGAGAAGCAUACAACUUGAACAAAGCUUUUUCUUGUGCUCUGAAGGGUCCUGAGAGGUGAGGAGCAUAUCUUCUGGGAGGAUUUUUAUCUUAGUGAAGAGCAAGUGGUACCCAACUGCAUUGUAAUUAACAUGAUUAUUGGCAUGUUUUAGACUCUCAUUUUCUACAAGGGUGCAGUGGGCCCACCCAUGGGCUGGCCUAUAACUGUAUGUUAUGUGGAAGAAGUGUGGGUUUUUCCGUGAAAGGUUGUGAUGCUUCUGGAGAUGGGGCAUAAACAUGUUCAUUCUUGUUGAGCUGCAUUGCAUUAAACCAAAUUGUGUGAAGCGAGGUCACUGGGACCACUCUUGGGAAAUGCUUUAGAACACCAGUCUGUUCCUUCUAGAUAAUUUGUUUUUGUGUUCUCUGUAUCUUAAAUCAAAUGUGUGCCUAAGCAAUUCUGUCCCCUGAUUCCUACCCCCACCCACCAAAAACUGGUAGACAUGAAGGGUAGGUAAAGAAACAGAAAAGGUCUCUUUGUGGAUAUAUAUAUUUUUAAAUGGCACUAAGGAGACAGGACAGUAGAUGAGAAUAGAUGAGUACCUGCACCUAGAAGGGGAUAAAUGAAUGUAAUUCUUUAUUUGAUAAGAGAGAACUGAAAGAGAAUAUUAUUUUCCUACAAUAAAGCAAGCUGUCCUCUCACAGGAUAAAGUGGAAUUCCAACAUGGAUUAUGGACUUCUUCUAACUCCCAUUGACAUUGCUUCUUACCAGACAUGGGGAAGGGCUGCCUUUCCUGAAAGAGGAGGAGGGCACUGUCCUUUCAGACAAAGCUUGUAUAAAUUCCUGAACCGCAAAUUUGCUAAAGUGACCGUAUAUACUUAUAUUCAUAAUUUAAAUGAUUAUUUAUGGUCAGAUACAUAUUGUUAAACUUGAAAAUGUUUUAUUACAUUACAUCAAAUAAACUUUAUUUGUAGCUGAAAUAAAGCAACAGAAGUAAAGAUUUUUAAUUAAA